AUGGAGAACGUUUCAUUGCGCCGCGAAUCGAAACAAGUUGCCCUUCGAAAGCUAUUCGGGCGAAUGGUCAACAACUCUACCGCACACGGUAUUCCUAACGCUGCCCGUGCCGAGUCCCUGCCGCGACGACUUUUUUGGUCAGUACUUUUUAUGGUCGCUGUAGGGAUGUUUUUAUGGCAGUUUUCUGACCAGCUUGUUCGUUUCAUUGACAGGCCCGUGAAUGUGAAAUUGAACAUAUCCUUCAGCAGGGAGCUAACAUUCCCAGCGGUCACUGUGUGUAAUCAGAACCCCAUACGACAGUCUGCGAUUGAUUUCAAUCAAGAACCCCAAUCAUCUCCACCGACUCAAAAUCUCAACCAAACACUCAACGAUACGGCGCUUGACGAGGAUCUGGGCAACCACGGCGGAACUAAUAAUAACACAAACUCUCCUCCGUAUAACACCAGAAGACGAAGACAAACCGCACAGACGAGCGGGGAUCAAAGCGGGCAGGAAUCUAAAAAUGACCCCCCUCAUCCGGAUGGUGAUAACGGUCCAUCUGCGGGUAACAGAGAUAUGAUACGGAUCACUGAGAUACUGACCGCCUUGCCUACAUCGGAACGCAUUACACUUGGCCACCAAGCUGAUAUGUUCAUUGUCAACUGUACUUGGCAGGGAGAGCAAUGUUACGCAUCUAAUUUCACCACAUUCAGCAAUUCCAUGUACGGCAACUGUUUUACCAUCAACGGCCCGUCAGGUUAUAUCGAUCCCUACUGGACGACCAGUUUCUCUGGCCCCAUUUACGGUCUCAGCCUACAGUUGUUUAUUGAACAAGACGAAUACAUAAAGGGAUACACGGCUAUCGCAGGGGCCCGAAUUGUUAUUCACGACCAGGAUAAAAUGCCUUUCCCAGAGGACAAUGGAUUUACGAUCGCACCGGGAGCGGCCACAUCUAUCGGUAUAAGGAAGGUUCUAAUCAGUCGGGAACCUGAUCCAUAUUCUGACUGCGUUGAAGAAGGUGACAGUGACUACACCAAUAUUUAUAUGGAUUCGUACGAUGUGGGAUACAGCGUACAGGCAUGUAUGAAAGCGUGCUAUCAGAGCGAAGUAAUCAACAACUGUGGGUGCGCAGACCCGUUGUAUCCUUUCCCAUAUGGUGUCUACGAGGCUUGCAAAACAUCGAAUUCCACGCAAAUGUAUUGUAAAGCGUUGGUAGAAUAUGACUAUAGUACCGAUGGGUUGGAGUGUGACUGUCCACAAGCCUGCUCAGAUGUCGGCUUCACUACAGAGACUUCCUCGGCAAUGUGGCCGGCUAACAGUUACAAGGAGACCUUGCUAAACUACCUGAAAGGGUCAAACAAAAAACUCGAAUCGCUAGUAGGUGAUGAUCUGAAGAACGGUACCAACAGUGUCAGCGAGAAUCUCCUUCGAGUCGAUAUAUAUUACCAAGAAUUAAACUAUGAAGUUAUUGAGCAAGAACCGGCAUAUCUAUUCAGUGAUUUGGGAAGUGACUUCGGGGGACUUAUCGGAUUAUGGAUUGGAGUAUCGAUUCUCACAUGCUUCGAGUUUUUGGAACUUAUCUUCGAUUUUUGUCACGUGUUCUGCUCGAAAGGUGCAUUGGCCGUGAACCGAACGACAGAUAUAUCUGCAGUCUCAGGGGGAGAUAUAUUUUUUCGUGACAAGUAUGGCAAUGAUCCUGCACUGACUCUAAAUGACAGGUCCUCCAAUAAACCACGGAUGAAUAUCAAUAACAGAACAACAUAUGUUCCUGAAACAAAUGCACAGAGUUUAUACAUUCCACAAUACAGCAUGAAGAUAUAUGAACCUGGAUUGUUAAACACAUCAUAA